UUUUCUUUGGUGUGGUGAAACUGUUACCAUGUCGUUGCAGAAGACCCUCUAUGUCGGCCCGUUCAUCCAUUGCAAGACUCUGACUAUCCUGGAUGUCUGUACGAGUGCUGUGAUAGGAGUUGGUGAAGAUGGGAAGAUUGCAUUUGUAGAAAGAGAUGUGGACGAGUCGCAAUUGCCAGUCAGGCAAGGGUGGGAAGAUGCGAAGGUUGUGAAGAUAGAUGGUUCGGGGUGGUUCUUCCCGGGCUUCAUAGACACACAUAUUCACGCCUCACAAUAUCCCAAUGCCGGAAUCUUCGGGAAGUCAACACUUCUGGACUGGCUAAAUACCUACACCUUCCCUCUCGAAUCAUCCUUCACAGAUUUGAAGAAGGCAAGCAGAAUCUACAAGCGCAUCGUCUCUCGAACACUCUCCCACGGCACAACGACAGCAUGCUACUUUGCAACAAUUCAUGUCCCAGCCACGAAUCUCCUUGCCGAUAUUUGCCACAACAAAGGCCAACGUGCCUUCGUGGGCCGCGUAUGCAUGGACUCGCAUCUCUCCCCUGAUUUCUACCGCGACGAGACACCCGCAGUCUCUCGCGACAACGCAAAGGCCUGUAUCGAUCAUAUCCGCUCCAUAGACCCCACAUUCGACCUUGUCAGCCCCAUCAUAACACCCCGCUUCGCCCCCUCAUGCUCCGCAGAAGCACUCGAUCUCCUCGGCGAACUUCACAAUAAAACAGGAGUGCCCGUACAGACACACCUCUGCGAGAAUCAUCCCGAGAUCGCGCUCGUUAAAGAGCUGUUUCCAGAAUCGAAGCACUACACCGACGUAUACGACAACGCAGGACUGCUGACUUCGAAAACGAUUUUGGCACAUUGCGUGCAUUUAUCACCAGAAGAACGCAAUCUGAUCAAACUCCGCAACGCAAAGAUCUCCCAUUGUCCAGCUUCAAAUGCGGCAUUGACAUCAGGAUGUGCGCCAGUGAAGGAGAUGCUUCGAGAAGGCAUGACGAUCGGCCUGGGAACAGACGUGAGUGGAGGAUACACGCCUUCAAUCUUGGCCGAAUGUCGGGAAGCGUUGUUCACAAGUCGAUAUUUGUGUAUUUCGAAUGAAGGCGGAGGAGUUGUGAACGGGAAAACUAAGAAAACUGAUGAGAUUAAGUUGUCGGUUGAAGAGGCUUUGUUUGUGGCCACAAGGGGUGGAGCGAAGGUUGUUGGGCUGGAAGAUAAGAUUGGAGGGUUUGAGGUGGGAAUGGAUUGGGAUGCACAGCUGAUUCAGUUGGAUGAUGUUAGUGAUGGCGAGGAUGAGACUUUGGUCAAUGGGGAUGUAGAUGGUGGUGAGGAGGCAACUUUUGCUGAGGAUGUGGGGUUGGUGGAUGUCUUUGGGCAUGAAAGUUGGGAUGACAGAGUCAACAAGUGGGUUUAUGGCGGCGAUGACAGGAAUACAAAGGCAGUAUGGGUGAAGGGACGCUUAGUGCACAAGAGGCAAGGUGCCAGUGUGUGAGAGGAGAAGCGCAUGGCUUGAUUACUCACGAAAUGGCUCGGGUGCUGGGUUUGGGCGCUAUUUGGGGAAUGCUUCGAGAAGGGCUCUGGCAAGCAUUCAGCAACGAGAUCAUGCCCGGGCAUGUACAUGG